UGUGCACUCGAGAAGAAAGUAUAUUCUGUUGCUUUGGGAUGCAGAGUUCUAAAUAUAUGUGUCAAGUCCAUCUGACCCAAUGUAUCCUUCAGGGCCCUUGUUUCUUUAUUGACCGUGUGUCUAGAUGAUCUAUCCAUUUCUGUCAGUGGAGUGUUAAAGUCCCCUGCAAUGACCACAUUCUUAUCAAUAAGGUUGCUCAUGUUUAUGAGGAAUUGUUUUCUAUAUUUGGGGGCUCCUGUAUUCGGCGCAUAGACAUUUAGAAUUGUUAGCUCUUCCUGAUGGAUAGGCCCUGUAAUUAUUAUCAAAGGCCCUUCUUCAUCUCUUGUUACAGCCUUUGAUUGAAAGUCUAGUUUGUCUGAUAGAAGUAUGGCUACUCCAGCUUUCUUUUGGCUUCCAGUAGCAUGAUAAAUAGUUCUCCAUCCCCUCACUCUCAAUCUAAAGGUGUCCUCAGGGCUAAAAUGAGUCUCCUGUAGACAGCAAAUAGAUGGGUCUUGUUUUUUUAUCCAUUCUGAUACCCUAUGUCUUUUGGUUGGCGCAUUUGGUCCAUUUACAUUCAGUGUUAUUAUAGAAAGAUACGGGUGUAGAGUCCUUAUGAUGUCUGUAUGUGUACAGGGUAGCCCCCCCAAAAAGGGCUUCUGUGUUGGUGCACCCGAAUCAUCUGCAGAGACGCAACCACCCACCCUUGUUGAGCCCUUUUGUGACGCUGCACCAUUGUGGUCGCCAGGCUCUGGCUGCUGUGCUCCUCGGAGAGGGUGGUGGAGGCACAUCUGAGAAGAGUGUAUCUGGACGAGUGAAGGGGUUAGGAGGAAAUGUCGCUUACUUGCGCACUGUGGUUCCGGAAAGGCCUUUUCCGGAGAGGUCGCUCGGGAGCUGAGGCUGACCGAGCACUCUCCCAGCAGUCUGACUCCGAGGCCAAAGGCCGGGGUCAAGGAGGAGCUUGGCUUUGUUGUGAGCGAUGGAAGCGGAAGCGGAGCCAGGAGUGUGCAGCUCUCGCUGCAGAGCUCCACACCUGCAGGGAGCAGCUCGUGCAGAGAGAGGAGGAGAUCGCCAACCUGAAGGCGGAGAGAAACAACACCAGGCUGCUGCUGGAACAUUUGGAGUUCCUCGUCUCCAGGCACGAGAGAGCUCUUCAAAAAACAGUCAUACGGCGACAGGCGAAGACUCCGGCCGGCGUGUCCAGUGAGGCGGAGGUGCAGAGCCAGAUGAAAGAGCUCCUGGCUACCCUGUGCACUCUCGUGGCCAAGCUGGAAGAGGACCUAGACAUCUCAAGGAAAGACCUCAUCCUUUCUGAAGCAAUGAACACCAUAUUACAAAGAGAUGUCCGUGAAGUGAGUGUCAGUUGAAAUGGCCACGCCGUCGGCGAGCCAAACGUGGGGUGUUUGGUUCGCCUUGCCCAGUGUGUCCUUCGUCUCCCAUGGGUUUUGAACGUUUGGAGUUUGGUAGAAGUAGCAGCAGAACGGGACGUGACUCCGGGGCCUGGGCGGGCUGCCUCCCCAUCUGCGUGGUGGAAUCUGUCCUCCCUGGGCUCUCCCCUGCCGAGGCCUGGCUGGCGGGCAGGCGGCGGAGUGGCCUCUGGUGUGGGGUGUGGGCCACCUGAGCUUGGCCCAUGCCAUGCUCUUGGUCCGUUUUGGGAACACACUCGGCACAUAGGAACCAGCGUGGUGCUGCCAGGUCGUUUCCGGGGGCACGACCUUGCGGGGGCGGCUCUGCCAGGGGCCGUCACGGCCGCCUCUGCCGCCCUGCCCUCCUCCCAGGGGUUCCGUGCACUGGUCGUGGCGGUCAGAGUGAGCGAGGGGCAGCCCGCUGGUCCUGGUGUAAGGUCAUGGAGGAGUGCGGCCACUUCUGCACGUGUGGUCGUCGAUGGGCAUCUGAUCAUUGUCACAGAAACUAGUAAGGGUAGGAUGGUUUCUCUGUGCCUCCUCCUGUCACUGUGAGCUGCCCUUUGCGGACAGUCCCUGCACACCCCACCCCCAGCCCGGCAAUGCCACCUCGGGAAGA